CACUACAGCAAAGCAGUUAAAAUGGGAAAAUAUCAAGUACAAGUUCAGAAUUUCUUGCAUUUGAGAUUAGAGUUCUUCCUUAAUUUGUUUUUUUUUUUUUCCUUUUAUUGUUGGAACAGAUUAUUACAGCUGAAUGAACAUGUCUACAUCAGGCAAAAUAAAUAAGAAGAAAAAUCCAUCCUUCAAGAUCUUUAAAUCUGACAGGGCUGGCUUGCAGUUCCCAAUAGGUCGAAUCUAUAAGUAUUUAAAGACUGGAAACUAUGCUGAAAGAAUCAGUAUUGAAGCCCCUGUCUUUCUGGCUGCUGUGAUGGAAUAUCUGACCACAGAGUUGCUGGAGGUAUCUGGUAAUGUUGCUCAGCUGAACAAAAAAGUCCGUAUCACUCCUCGGCAUAUCCAGCUAGCUCUUCAAAAUGACAAGGAACUUCGUGAGCUCGUGGCUGCUGCAACAAUUCCUGAAGGUGGGGUGAUGCCCCACAUUCAUUUCCAACUACUUUCCAGGAAGACUCGAGCUCUACCAGAUGAGAAAUCCUCUUCCAUCCAAAAGGUCUAGCUAUUUCCAGAGAAAAAGAAAAUGGGAAAUCCUUGGAACUUUUCUCUUCAGACAUGUAUUGCUUGCUCUAAGCAGGUUCAGUUUGCUUGGAAAGGUUGAUAGGUGAUAAUUUGAGUUUUUAAUUUUUUAAUGAGUCAGAUUUUUAGAAAUGCAUUAUAAUAAAAAAUGCUCGCUUUUUUUAUGCUUUAAGUUGGUCUGUAGAAUUCCUCCUAAAGCUAAAACAUUUAUCAACCUGGGAUUCUAAUUACUCUGAGUAUAUUUAAAGGGAAAAAACACUAUUUCCUUUUCUUCUCAGUCUUCCAUUUUAGAGUAGGAAGAAAACUUUCUUCUGUCAAUACAAGAUCGGUUUUCCUUAAAAAACAAAAUUAAAAGGGAAUUUACUCGUGGAGAAAUGGGCCUGCUUUAGGCAGAUGAGUUUUGGGGGUUUUUUUGUUUGUUUUGUUUUGUUUUUUUAAUAACCUAAACAGUCCUGCUAGCCAAUAAAGAAAACAUUAUAUUAUAUUGUUAACCUAGUUAUAUUGAGCAAAUCACCAAAUGAAACUUGAGAUAAUUAUUUAGGUCUACAUUUCUGCUCUUUAAAAGAGUUCUAACACUGGAAUUAAACCUAAGGAGUUGAAGUGUAUCCCAUAACAAAGGGCUGAUAGAUAAAUGAAAGUAUUUAGGGUUGGAUUUAGUGUUAAUUUAGUUUUUCAUCCAGACCUGUGAAUUCACAUCAAGAUUAUCAGUGAAAAUUUGAUCUCCCUAGGCAAAUUGGCAAUUCUUCUAUAACUUCAUC